GUCCGGGUAGAAACAGCAACUGGGACAGCUGCAGUUCUGAGUGCCAGGAUGGGAGCGGUGGAUUGUCACUGCCAUCUCGCGGCACCCGAAUUUCAAAGGGACAUUGAAAGUGUAUUGGAAGAAGCCAAAAAGUCUAAAGUUUUGGCCCUGGUAGUAGUUGCUGAACAUUCUGGAGAUUUCACAAAAAUUAUUCAACUUUCAGAAAGGUAUCCAGGAUUUAUUUUUCCGUGCUUGGGCAUCCAUCCAGUUCAAAGUAUUCCAGGUGGAUGUGAACGCAGUGUUACUUUAAAGGAUCUAGAAGAAGCAUUCCCACUCAUUGAACUGUAUCAGGAUAACUUGCUGGCCAUUGGGGAGAUUGGUUUGGAUUUUACUCCCAGAUUUGCCAGCAGUGAUGAACAGAAGGAAGGGCAACGACAAGUCUUGAUAAAACAAAUUCAACUGGCAAAACAACUUGACUUACCUUUAAAUGUUCAUUCCCGCUCAGCUGGAAGGCCAACGAUUAACCUCUUAAAGGAACAAGGUGCUGAGAAAGUGUUGCUCCAUGCAUUUGAUGGCAAACCAUCUGUAGCAAUGGAAGGAGUGAAGGCUGGAUAUUUUUUCUCUAUCCCUCCUUCAAUUGCAAGGAGUGAACAGAAGCAGAAACUUGUGAAACAGCUACCUCUAGAAAGCAUUUGCUUGGAAACUGACUCCCCUGCCCUAGGUCCUGAGAAACAGGUGAGAAAUGAGCCAAAGAAUAUCUUCAUUGCUGCAGAAUACAUUGCUAAAAUAAAAGGAAUUUCAGUGGAAGAUGUUUUACAUGCAACAACACAGAAUUCACUGAAGGUCUUUCCUAAACUGAAAAACUUCCUCAGGUCCUAGAUGAUAUUCUAUAGUAUCUGAGAUUAAUUCAGAUUAUUUAAAUAUGUGUAAUUACAUAAAAUGUAUAAUAUUAAAAUAUCUAACAGAA